AUGUCUCUUGGACUUUCUAUGGCUAAGGAUACACACUCAUCUAAUUCAGUGGUCUGUGGUCCCACCAUCCCUAAAGACUGCAAGAUUCUGACUACACUCAACGGCAUGUGCUUUCAAAUAAGCGAGAACAAUGAAGCGAGUGCUCCUAUACCGGGUGCUGUGAGAAGCUGCCCUUUAGAAAUAGAUAUUGCUUUUCUGAUGGACGGCUCCAGCAGCGUAGAAGACGAAGAUUUCAUUAAAAUGAAAACAUUUGUUAUAACAAUAAUCGAGAGCUUUUCAACAUGCAAUGCUCAGGUAUUUGUUUUGAGGAUUUCAAGACUUACUUUAUACUACAAUGGUUUACAUUGUUCACCAGCAAGGUCAGAAAUUAAAAGGGGUUUGCACAAAAAAACAACAACAAUUGCUGAAGGAGUCCAGUCUACUGGAGAUUCUGCCACAAUGGAGUUUGCUCAGGAGGGGUUUAGUGCAGCGUUUACAUCAAAUCCUCAGAUUGGUUCAUACUUUGGAGCUGAGGUCUGUGUAGUCGAUCUGAACUCUGACUCGAAAACAGAUCUUCUAUUAAUAUCUGCACCCACAUAUACAGACUCUCAUUCUGAAGGCAGAGUUUUUGUGUACUUUUACUCUCGACUGCCAUACUUCAGUUUUUCUGAUGUGGUGCUGGUGGGCAUGGCCGGUCAGAGGGGUCGCUUUGGCUCUUCUCUGGCCAGUCCAGCAGAUCUGAAUGGUGAUGGUUAUAGGGAUGUGCUGGUUGGUGCUCCGUUAGAGGAAGACGGACAUGGCAGCAUCUACAUCUUCAAUGGAGGCACAGAUCGAAUAAAUCCGACAUACUCACAGAGGAUUCCCGGAUCAUCUGUGCACUCGGGUUUACAGUAUUUUGGAUUAUCUCUGAGUCAGUCCUCUUUAGAUCACAGCGGAGACACUCUACCAGACAUUGCUGUUGGAUCUAAAGGAGCAGUUUUGCUUUUAAGGUCCAGACCUAUGGUGUCUGUGGUUCCGAAAGUAACCUACAGCAGCUCCACAAUCUCCACCAGUGAAACAAACUGCUCAAGGCCUCUGGAAAACACCUUGACUGUGUGCUUCAAUAUGAGUGGAUACAAACACGCUAUUACAGAUUUUUGUGUUGACAACCUCAAAGUGGACUUCAACUUUAAUGAAUCUUUAAACAUAGAGAUUGGGAUAAUGCAGGAGAUCAGUCUGUCUGUGUUUGUGGAGAACAGAGGAGAAAAAUCACUCCACACUCAGUUCAGCCUCAAAUAUCCCUUCGGACUUUCCUACAGGAAAGUUCUGCCUCGGCUGGUAAGACGAGAUGAUGCUCAGGGCAUGUGGGAUUAA